AUGGACAAGUCACACCGUGCAUCCUCAUCCUCAUUCUUAUUACCAGACAGCCCGCCUCCGGAGAGGGAGCUGAACUACUGGGAACAGCAGAAGCAGCAGAAGAAGCAGCAGAAAAGCCUCAGCUCAGCUACAACAUCAGCUGUUGCCUCCACCUCUGGCGCCCCCUCCUCCUCAGCCUCAACCUCAGAUCCCUUGAAGAAACAAGGGAUCUUCGUCCAAGAUGAGGAUUCCAGCAUCAUCGUGGGAGACAGCAGCCCUCCCCCGCAAGCUACUUGGGCACCACGCCGAGCAGCGCUCACAUCGGUACCCGCCCCCAAGCAGUCUGUCAAGAGGAGGUUGUUUGUCGACGAUGAGGAGCCUGGCGUCCUCACUCAAUCAAAGAAACGUGCGGUGGAAGAGGAUGAGGAGGAGGACAGCUCCAUAAUGACGUUGUUACAGCAGGAGGAGGAUGAAAUUCUCCCCGAGGAGCACUUCCUCACCGUCAUCAAUAGGUACUCCCCGAAACCCUGGACUCCUCUAAGAGAGUUGAUGGAGGGUACACCUUACCCUAUUGAGGACGUGAGGGAGGUCUGCAAUCAACAUGGACGUCGCGUGGUGCUCAAGAUCCGGCUGUCAGGUCAGAGAACAACAGAUGUUUACAUACCUGAACGUUUCACGCAGAUCUUGACCUCCAAAGACAUCCAAAAUUUUAAAAGUAAAUGCAAAUCAUUGUUACUGUUUUGUGAAACAUAUUAAUCAGUACAUGACUGACAUAAACAUUGUUAAAAUGCAUAAAAUUUAAAUCAUGAUAAUUAUAUUACUUAUUACUUAUUUUGUUAAUAAUCUUGUAACAAAUUUUCGGACUUGACAUUACAUCGUCUUUCAGCAAUAUAACCUAUAUCUUGUAAAUCACAAUUUUCAAGUAUUUAGUUUUGGCACAAGCCAUUACAUAUAUUUUCAUUAUAAUCUAUAAUUUUCAAGUAUUGUGUUUCCUCCACUUCACUCAGCUGAGGUUGUAUGAAUCUAUAAUUUACAAGUUUUGUGUUAAGGUGACAAUUGCAUCGCAUAUCAGCAUAUACAUAACCUACUUUGUUAACCGCAUAAUUUACUUGUUAUAUAUCAAUAAAAAAUAGUUUGUUAUUCUAUAAAAAGUUUUCACUCACCUAUCACACUAGUAUAUGUGUAG